ACAGACAGAUAGAUAGAUAGAUAGAUAGAUAGAUAGAUAGAUAUAGAGGCAGAGAGAGCGAGAGAAGACUUAGAGUGAGUGAGACACACACACACAACGUACUCUAUCCGAUCAGUGAAAGUGGCCGGAGAUGUGAGAGGUGAUCGAACGUGGCUGGAAAGGCGACGGAACCGAUCUCGGAGAGGUGACCGGACAGCGCUCGGAGUGGCCGGAGAGGUGACCGAAGACUGACCGGCGAGGUGACAGGACUUUAGCUCGGACAGUGGCCGGCGUGGCGAUUGGAGCGUGGCCAGAGAGGUGACCAGGCAGAAGUCGGAGAGGUGACCGGACAUUGGGCAGGUCUUUGCUGGAGUCGGUGCAUGAUGCACGGUGGAGAGAGGUCCGAGCGUUACGUUUGGAUUCCAGGAGCAAGAAUGGCCGAUUCAUGGACCGAGGCGAGGAUGUCGUCGGCCCAGGCUUCCGGAGCCUGGCAGAGUCCAAAGUCCAGCUGGGACAGGAGCAGGGCACCAGCCACAGUCGACCUGGAUGAGAUCACGGCUGCCUUGGUCCUCAGCAGCCUCUCCUGCAGUCCACGGGUUAACCUUUCGCACCCCACACCAGAACCAGUGCUGGGAGACUCCAGGAAGAGAUCGGGAAGUGGGAACAGCAGUGGCUGCUGGACUGGUGAGUCCUGCUCCCCAUCACCCCCUCCGCUCACCGCCGCCCCCCAAGGGGAUGGAGUUACCCUGUGUGACCCACGACCUCUGUCGCCCAAGGAGUCGGAGCCUCGCAAGUGUAAAAACUCGGUGAAGCCGUUGUAUCGCUGUAUGUGGCCCUGCUGCAGCAAAUGUCUGUCGUCCACUGUGGGAAUACGGAGACACGUACGAACCAUCCACCUCGGCCAUGGUGACUCUGAGCACAGCAAUGGGGAGGAAGACUUCUACUACACUGAGAUCCAGGCAGGAGCGGAUUGGUGCUCAGAGAGUCCAGGAGUUCCUCACUGUGCGUCUCCAUUCCUCGCUCCGCAGUUCACCGAGGCCAUUGGACCGCAACCACUUGGCACAGAUGUGGUUCCAGAUGUCUCAGCCCCCACCACACCCACUCUGAGUCAGUCUGCACCCAGCUGCCCGAGGCAGGUCUGUGUGGACCGCACAUACCAGGCCUCCCCGGAGUCCGGCCGCAGCUUCAUGCUUGUCAGUUUGUGCAGUCCGCCACAGGAGGCUCUGCUGAAACCGCGGAUCGUAUUCGCAUCCUCGCCUGCAAUACUCCACGGAGGCAAGAAGGUGCGCGGUGAAGCGAAGAAAUGCCGGAAAGUCUACGGUGUGGAGAACCGUAGCCAGUGGUGUACGGCCUGCAGGUGGAAGAAGGCUUGCCAGCGCUUCCACGACUGAGCGCUGAUGACUGACCACCUCCCCAGGGCUGCUCUCUUCUCCCCUGUGGGCCAGCUUGGUGUAUGGCUGAUGCUGGGUUUCUGCUGAAGGGUUGAGGGGUGGUGGCAACUUCCGGUUCUCCAGGGCUGGACGUCUGCAGUAGGUGGGAGAUCAUUAGGGCCAUGCACUUGGCCCUGCCACUCGUGUUUUCCUGUCCCGGAGAUUUUGUUCCAAUGGAACCGGGCUGCUUCUGGUGUGUGUGGUGUGUGUGGUGUGUGUCUGUGUGUCUGUGUGUCUGUGUGGUGUGUGUCUGUGUGUCUGUGUGUCUGUGUGUCUGUGUGUCUGUGUGUCUGUGUGUCUGUGUGUCUGUGUGUCUGUGUGUCUGUGUGACACUGUGUGACACUGUGUGUGUAUGAUGUGUUGUGUGUGUGUACAGUUUUUUUGUGUACAUGUGAAUGAAUAUGUACCAUGUGUGAGUGUGUGCGUACUGUGAGUGCACGUGUGUAUGUGCGCGUGCGUGCGUGCGUGCGUGUGUGUGACUGCCUUUGCUCAUGGUGCAGGCACCAUUUCGGAGUGUGUGUGUGUGCAGAGCACACUAUCUCUGCUGUGACACACUCCCUCCCUCUGAGGCUUUGCCCACACCAGCCAAUCCAGCAGUGCAGCCAGCGGUGCGCUUGCGCAGUUCCUGUAGGUGGGGAGGAGACGGAAGGGAGGACCACACCCUUGUCCGGUCUGGAACUGUGCAAACCUGGUCAUUGAUACGUGAUCCGUUGGUGUACUUGUUUCUGAACUGGGAUUUGUUUUGGAGUGAUCUGACCCUUGUGCAAUGGGGGUGUUCUGAUCUGUGGUGCUGUGGAGCCAGGGUCAAUAUGGCACCCGGACAGUUCCGGGACAAACAGCUGGGCCCGUGCAAGCAUUCACUCUUCAGUCUUUGCCCAACUGUCCUGUCGUCAGAUCCUGACAGUCUCAUUUUGUGUAUUUACAAAUCUUUGUGAUUUUAAAUAAAAAAUUAA